AUGUCAGUAGCAACAUUAACUAGAGCUUCCAAUGAAAUAAAUGAUAAAGAAACCGUUAUCUGUAAAUUGGAGAAUAAGAAACUAUCCAAAACACUUUCUUCUAAAGCUGAUGAUUUUAAUGCUAUUAAACAAGAGGAUGAUGAAAAAAAAGACAUAAAAGUUGAAAAAGUUAUUAAAAAAGAAGAGGAUAAAAAGAAGGGCAUUAAGAUUGAAGACCUAAAAGCUACGAAUGAUAUUGACUCUUCAAAAUUAACUAAGCAAGAGCUUCUUAAAUUGAUUAAGAAAUUAGAACAACAAAAUCUUGAAUAUGAAAAGCAGUUUUGUCAACAAGAAGAAAAAAUUAAGAAUUUACAAAAGGAAAUUAAAGAAAAAAAUAAAGAAAAUUCUUUAAUGAAGUGGCAUAUUGACAAUUUAAAUAAAGAAUUUGCAGGAAUGGAAAAAGCUGAAAGACAAUAUAAGUUUAUCGAAGAUGUCAAAUGGUCUUAUUUUCAUAAUUGGUUUUCUUAUGUUCCAUUAACAUCAUUAACAUCUAUUAGUUCAAAUAUUCAAUCAUCUCCAACUGCAAAACAAAAUGAAGAUACACAUCAAAAACAUUUUAUAAAUCAAUUUAAUCAAAUUUAUUCUAAUUUAGUAAAACCUAAAAAGUGGAAAUAUUCAACUCACAAUACCUGCUGCUUGCCCUAUUUAGAUGGUUAUAAACCUGACGUUUCUGUAACUGAACUUAAUUCUAAGCCUACAUCUUCAAACGUAAUUAUUGUUGGUGAACUUAAACGAGAUAAAUUAGAAAAAAGACAUUAUGAACAAGUAUUUAAUUAUGGAAUCAAAGUUCUUAACAAUCAAAAAUCAAGAAAAAAAGUUUUCGCUUUUUUAACAAAUCAUCAACAAAUUGUAUUUUUUAAAAUUCAAAGAAAAGGGUCUACAUUUUCUCGUGAACAUACUUUGGUUUAUAAUUUUAACUAUGAAAAUAUCGGAUGGAGAAUGUUGAUGACAUUGGUUCAAAAAGAUAAAAACGAACUUGGGUGUAUUUCUGUUUGUUGA